AUGUCAGGCUCAACGAGCAACCACCAAGGCAGUCGGCGGCAGGAUGAACUCACCGCGCUCAAAGUCCGCAAGCUGGGGCAGCAGGAGGAACUCGCGAAGGAGUUUAACUUCAUCCUCACACGGCAGGGAGGCCUGAACGAUCAGGCGCGCCAGACCUGCAAGAACCUAGAGUACGCGAUCGCCAUCGCGACUCGCCCGGGCCAGAUCGAGUACUACCGGCCGUCGGAGGAGGCGGCGCGUAUCGUGGCGAACGGGGAGCUUACGGUACUCACCAACAAGAUCGCCCGUCUACAGCGAGACAUCGAUCAGGUGGAACAAGAUAUCCAGCAGGCCGACGUGGUUGCCUCAUCUACAGCAGCCGCUGCCCAAGCGCAACCCUCAGCGAGACCCCCUUGCUCCAGUCUUGCCGAGUGGUUCGCAGCGUACGGAGAGCCCGCACCCUCAGCAUCUUCCGGGCUGAUGACAAACUUCGAGGAGAGUCCUAAGAUCUACGGGGGUACAAACCACCACCGAGCCUUCAAGACCCAGGCGACCGUGAUGAAGAAAGGGCGGAUAACGCGAUAG